CAGGUUCCACCUGUUCAUUUCGGACGUGCCUGUCGUGUUACUGUACGUCUCAUUUGUUAAUUUGGUGCGAGCACAAAGGGUCUAAAGGCAAGGAAAGCACGCCAGCACACUAGUAUCUGAAACACAUUUCGAUCCACCUCUAAAUUUGGUUUUAUAAUGUAAGUAAAAUGAAUAUGUUGUAUAAUGAAUAUUGUUUACUGGUUUAUUGCCAUAUAAUGGUAUCCACAGAAACACUUUUCUUUAGUUAACCACGAGUAUACAGUAUGCUUCAAAGUACCGUCAUAAAAUCUUUUUUUCUAAGUCGAAUAUUUCCUUCUAAAGAUAAUGUGCAUAAGUCUAAUAAACCACUAAAUACGUCUCUUGACAAUACAAUCUAUUAUUCAUUGAUAAAACGUUCUACAGUGUUUAGUGAUUUAGUAAUCCCCAUAGUGGGAAAAAACAACAACAUCACCUUAAAGAAAAACGUCCAACAUGAUGUUUACACGGGACUUGUCACAACGUUAAACUAACUCCUUUCCAAGCUUUCCGCCUCUGUUUUAAUUCCCAGAAACUACAAGUCCCGGCAUUCAGUUCGCCUUCCUCAGCCCCAUCGUUGUGUUGUUGCUUGGCAACAGUAUAGUACACAGUGGGACUCGGUUUGAGAGUUUCUUUUUUGGCUCGGGUGAGCCGCGUCAACAUAAUGCCAGCAGAAUUAAUUCUGAAAAUACACGUCUAGAAUGCAAGUUUCGGCGGCUAAUUCCAUAGUGGGGCUUGGGAGCCCCUGCCUUUCUCCUGUUUCUCCUAGUGGCACUGCUAUUGCCAUGGGGCCUCUGGUGAUGCAGGAGAAAGUAGACACUGUGCUCCGUUCAGACACGCCUGAGGUACUCGAGAGUCCCCGCAGUCUCAGAGAGCCUCCAGAAUACUCCAGCUCUGGGGAAGAAGAGCCAGCCAUGAAGGAGGAGGUUGCUCAAUUAACUGAAGAAGAUGUUUCUAGCGGGUUAUCAAGCUUGGGGAAUUCUGCAUCUGGACUGGAACAUGUCUAUCUGCACCUUUCAUUACCAGGGCGAAAUUUACGAGACAUAUCUAUUUUGUGCAAUUAUGUCCAUCUACAAAAGCUUGAACUUUCACACAAUAAGAUUCAAGAUUUAUCCUGUGUUAGCUAUAUGCCAUAUCUAAUCAAACUUGAUGCUUCUCAUAAUGAACUUGAAGAAUAUUUUGGAUUUGAGCCACCAAAAAAUCUUACGGAAGUAGAUUUUUCAUACAACCGGAUGUCUGAAAUGAAGGAUUUAUCUGUUUACUCAUCUCUGAGUAAGCUUAUUCUGGAUUACAAUGAGUUUGUCGAAAUUAAAGGCUUGGAACAGUGUAGCAGCCUAACUCAUCUCAGUCUGGGAAGUAAUAGGAUUUCACAUAUAGAUGGAUUAGACAAUCUGCCUAUUAAAGAACUCUGGCUGAGGGGUAAUCAAAUACAGAAAAUUGAAAAUCUGGAGAACCUUCAAAAUCUGCAAGCUUUGGACUUGUCCUUUAAUAAGAUCCAGAGUCUGUGCGGGCUUCAGAAUCACGAUCUCCUUGAAACCAUCAAUCUUGAGAGCAACCAGAUAAGUGAAAUAGAUGAAGUCAGACACAUUCAUGAUCUUCCUCUACUUCGGGACCUAAAUCUACUGAGAAACCCCAUUCAGGAGCAACCUGAUUACCGACUCUCUGUGCUCUUUCUACUACAAAGACUGACCCACUUGGAUCAAGAGAGAGUGAAAGCUGAAGAAAAGGUUGCAGCUGUCAAUAAAUAUGACCCACCUCCUGAAGUAAUUGCUGCCCGAGAUCAUAUGACACAUGUGGUAUAUCAGAUAAUGCAGCCACAGUUAAUCUACGACAGCACCCUGCCCAGCUUAGAUGCUCCCUAUCCGAUGUUGGUCCUGACAGGCCCCCAGGCUUGCGGGAAGAGAGAACUUGCUCAUAAACUGUGUCGGGAAUUCAGUGACUUUUUUGCAUAUGGUGCCUGUCACACAACGAGAAGUCCUUAUUUCGGUGAAGUAGAUGGAGCCGAUUAUCACUUUGUCUCAGACGAGAUUUUUGAAAACAUGAUCUGCAUGGGAAAAUUUAUUCAGACUAUGAAAUAUGGUGGGCAUUACUAUGGGCUGGCCAGGGAAGCCAUUGAGAGUGCAGCCAGGGAGGGCCUCGCCUGCUGCGUCCACAUGGAGCUAGAGGGUGUGCGGAGUUUAAAGAAUACUUAUUUUGAGCCGCGUUACAUCUUGCUGAUCCCCUUGGAUAAGAAGGAAUAUGCCAGACGCCUUAGAAUGAGAGGACUGUAUAGCAGAUCCCAGAUUGAGAUUGCAGUUUCCAGAAUUGACACCUAUAUCAAAAUGAACAGGGAUUAUCCUGGAUACUUUGACACUGUUAUUCCAUGUGAUGAUCAUGUGGAGGCAUACGUAAGUCUGAGCCAGUCAGUCAGAGAGUACCUGGGUCUGGAAAAUCAAACGACCACUGAAAAUGCCAAAGCUGCAGUGGAGGAUGCCUACAGUGAUUGGCCCCAUGAAUCUCCAGUGCAAGAGAACAUGAGAGACUCACCCUGUGGCGUGACUGUCAGCAAUUAUGCUCACUCAACUGGAGCUAAUGAACUUGUUGACCCAGCCAGCAGGAAUUACUCUGUCAAGGUGCAGGCUAAGCUCUCAGCUCAGAAAAGUCCAGCAGAAGAGGCUUCUAUUCGGAGAAGACAGCAGGCGGUCAGGGAGGCUCUGCAGAGAAAGAGUCCUAGUACUUACACUCAGCUCUUCACAAGAUGUCCUCUUACAGCGCCUGCAUCUUUAGGACCACAACAGCAUCUUGUAGACCCAGCCUCCUGCUCCUCAAUGGUGCCCAGUGCCAGCAACAUCACACAGAAUCGCAGUCUCUCUGCAGGCAGUUUGGCCAGCAGCUCAGAGGAAUCCCGUGCAAGUUCUGGCUUGUCCAUGUUGUCUUCAGCUGGUGCAUUUUCUUUGGAAGAAACUCUAGUUCCUUCCAAAGGCCUGAGUGCGGAGAAAGAACUUCUUGUGGAACCACUAGAUAUAUCAAGACUGGGGAGUGACCUUGAAUGCCUGAAAGAUCAAAUUAAUUCAGGUUAUACUCCAGACACUCCAAGACCAGGGUCCAGCGGGGAGCUGACAAACGUGCAAUCUGUCCAUCCAAAGUCACCCUCUCCUGGGGUGCCUUUACUUCUCGCACGCCCCGGAUCCAACACCAAACCUGUGCUCCCUCCCAUCCCAUCAGGACGCCGGAGCUCAGAGGCCCAGACCCCUACAGGCUAGCUUAGGUGAAAAGUUAGAACACGUGGGAGGGAAAUGAGUAAUUUCCCAUUGUUAGAAAAAAAAUAGAACACUUUGCAGAAUUGGGGGGAGAAAAGUUUGAUAGCUUGAAACAAUGAAAAGUAGAGAGAAAAUAUAAAUAAUUUUACAAACUGGCUUAAUUAUUUUUUACUAAUAUAAUUACUUUGUAUUUUUUUUCCACUUUUCAAGUAGUUAUUCCUUUUGGCUUUGCAAAAAAGUACGUUUACCAUAGGAUAAUAUAAUGGGAAAAUGCUGGCAUGCAUAACUUUUUAUAUUAUGCAGCAGCAAUCAGAGAUAAAAGAAUCAUUAUAAAAUCAUAUUCUUGCCUGCUCAGAACAGAUAAUAAUUAGUCAUGUUCAAAUAUUGUGACCUAAUGUUCCAAUGAUUCUGUAGUUUUUAAUUAUUGUUAAAAACUGUCAGUUCUGAAUUUUCCUUCCCAAUCUAAACUGCUGUGCAAAGGGGACCCAAUUCAUCUCCCAGCUGCAGUGCUGUAUCCAUUCAGGUGACACACAGCACAGUACAGUAUAUGGCAGUAUCCCCUCUAAACAACAGAUUAGGUAAAGAAAGAUGUAAGUUGCUUCACCAGUUCAAUUAAUUAGGACAUUUAUAGGGUAAAUUUAUAUUAUGCAGUCCAGAGAUUAGAAUUUAGUCAGGAUACUGGAGAUAACACAUUUUCAACCUCUCAUGAUUAAGUUAAAUUCAGCCAAAAUAUUUUCAGGAUUAUGUUAAUGCCCCUUUAAGGUUUUCAGUUCCCUUUCCAGCUGUUUUAUUAGCAUGUUUUUGGUCUGAACUGAAGGUAUAAGAUUUACUAUUUUCUUUAAAGUAAAAAAAAACAUUCUUUCUCUUUGCUUUAUUAAAUAUAUACCCACUUCUCUACCAAAAACUAGUAUUCUAACAGAACUGCUUCAGAAGGAUCACUACACCAAGGCUCUCUCUUUCUGAUCAUAUACAUUUAAUUUAUUUUUACCUUUAAAUAAUUGUAGCUAGCAAUAAAGCCCCGUUUUUGAAAAAAAAAAUGAACCCUUAAUUAUACUGUACAAAUAAAAAGCUGAGAUGUCACGUGAAAGACAACCAUAACUAUUCCUUUUAGUCUUACAGUCUUGACAAGUCCUGAAAAUGUCACUAGUUUAAUAUCACAAGAGAUGUGCAAAUCUGGACUGACAAAAUUUAACAGCAUUAAUAAAAUCUAUUUUUAAAUAAC